AUUCAGGAGAAUUCUCCUCGGUCCUGUCUCUCUCUAGUCCGGCCGGACCUUCUACAGAAGCGACUUGCGCUGACAAUUUCACCAGGCAAACUAAUGGGACAACCGAGGUGUUUGCAACAUUUCCCCCCUUCUCACUGAAUUUCUUGGAAAAGGACACAGAUUCACCCGAAGAGAAAACAAGUCAAAUCAAAAUGACGGCCGAGACCUCCGAGGGUGACGGGUUCUCCGUACCGCUGUUCUCCUACGGCGGGGCUUCCCAAACUAACGGCACUUGCAUGGACCAGAUGGAGCGAUUCUUCCCACCUUUUUCCUCGACGUUUGCGCUUAUCGUGCUCGUGACCAUGAUUGUAGGGAUCAUAUUCGUCUCUCUGGCUACAUUCCACUUCCACAAGAGGAGGAUGAGGAAGAGGAAGAUUCAACGUGCCCAAGAGGAAUACGAGCGCGACAGCCGCAGCCCCGUGUCCUCCAUGGGGAAGCGGGAGACAACAAGACCGUGUAUCAUUGUCCGGCCCGCGGCUAGAGAUAAGGGGCACCGGCCGCUCUCCCCGGUCAUCCAGAAAUGUGAUCAAAAUACCAGUUGUCUCAUUGAAGAGUCUGCUGGCCCGCCUCCAGCAAAGAAUGCAGCUAAAUUAGAUAUCCCACACAUCGAACAAGGAGACGGACCACUGGAAGCUGUCAUCUCGUCUUGAUAAGGCUGCAGUCGGAACCGGGAAACGGAACUGUAGAUACACCAAAUAUUCACGUUUUAUUUCAGGGGAAACGGACUGAAAGAAGCUCUCUGUCAUCCACUUGGAAUUAAGAAAAGCAAUAUGGCACAAUGAAGACCCCGUGACCUCCAGGAACAGAGAGCCUGCUGAAACGUUCACGAACAUUUCGAGGGAAUCGAUCCGUGCCAAAUCUGUAAAUGUUGUAUAAAAGUAGAGUACGUCAGUCUAUUAGUAUACCGUCGUGGAAUGACUUCAGCAACGGACAAUUUGUUAUGAUGUAAAUGAACGAAAGGUUGACAUUUCUAGACCUGGCGCGAGGGCUGGACAACGUGCAUGCUCUCCGAGGUGCUGAAAUGUAGAUCCAUUUUCCUCCCGCUUAUUAAUGUGCCUCUUACACAAUAUUUUGUGUUGAUGUUUAUUGAAACUCGUCUUUAAGUAUUUUCACGGCCUAUGUAAACGAGUAUCCUUCCAGUAAGCAGCCCAUUACUUUAUAUUUACGAAUUUAUUUUAUUUUAUUCUUCUGAUAAUUCCUUAAAGAACCUGUGAAAAUCCCCUUCACCCCACCGUCCCCAAACACUACAGCUUUGCUUUAUGUAUAAAUCAUUUGCCUUUUAUCAUGCUUCUAAUGGGUGGAAGUACAUUUAAUGUAAAAUGUAGUGAAAGUUCUGCCACUCUAUAGCAAGGUUUCAAUCGUACUGUGGUCUUAUAAGGUAGUGCUGCUGCAUAGAGGUGCUGCAAUUACUGUAAGUUCCGAUAUUUUUCUUCAAAUUGCUUAUUUUUGGUAGUAGUUGAAAGUACACUCAUGUCUUCUCCCUAACGCCUGUUAAGACCGCUAGGUAGCACGUGUUACUUCCUCUAUAGGUCGUUAUCUCCCGUUAGGACCUUCGGUCAAAUUGAGCCCUAAGCAUUUUAAGUAUUUAUGAUGUAUCCUCUGAAAUGUAAUAAACUAGGAAUC